AUGCUGACACGUGACAGCUACACCGACUGGUCUCUGCUCAUGAAAGUAAUGAUGAAGGCGAGGGGACUGUGGGAGGCUGUAGAGGUUGGCGGUGUUGAUCAACUGGAGGAUCUGAUGGCAAUGGACGCCAUCCUCAAGGCGGUAUCGCUGGAGCUGAUGGGGAUGUUGGUGCGCAAGGGAUCGACACUGGUAGCGUGGGACACCGUCAAGUCAAUGUACGCCGGCAGCAAGAGCGUGCGCAAGUUGAAGGCGCAGCAGCUGUGCCUCGGUGAUGUGCACACUGAUGAGAUGAUGGUGCACAAGUUCCUUCGUGUUCUGCCGACCAAGUUCUCACAGAUCACGCUCUCGAUCGAAACUAUGUUGGAUCUCGAGAACCUUUUUGUUGAGGAACAGACCGAGCGACUGAAGGUGGUGGAGGAUCGGAAGGAGAUCAACAAUAGCGCACCUUCGGGGAGUGGAAGCGGCGAAGGCAAGCUGCUCCUCUCCGAGCUGGAGUCACUGGACGAGCAGAAGGAGGCACCACUCCAAGACUACGUCAACAACCACCGAAAGGUGGUGCAUUUGGAGGAAGGGAAGGUGCUCGCACAGCUGGAUCGUGAUGAAGCGCAUGAUGACAGCAUGUGGUACCUUGACACCGAGGCCAUGAACCACAUGACUGGCGUGCUGGCUACCUUCUCUGAUCUUGAUCAGGGGGUGGGCGGCACGAUCAAGUUUGGUGAUGGCUCCCUGGUGAACAUCGAGGGACGCGGAAUGGUGUUGUUCGAGUGCAAAAAUGGUGAGCACAGCGCAUUUUCUGGUGUCUACUACAUCUCGUGUCUUACGACGGACAUAAUUAGCAUCGGGCAGUUGGACGACAACGGUUGCGAGGUGCGGAUCAAGGAAGUGCUCCUCCGAAUAUGGGACAGACAACGUCGUCUGGUGAUGCGGGUACAACGUUCUGCAAGCCGUCUGUACCUCCUACGCCUCAACCUCGCCAAGCCGGUGUGCCUGUCCGCGCGCCACCAGGAGAUCGCUUGGACUUGGCACACGGCUAAGAGCGAUGCACCUGCGGCGAUCAAGAACUUUCAGGCGUCGGUGGAGACUGAGACCGGUCGCAAACUGCACGUCCUUCGCACGGACAUUGGGGGUGAGUUUGCCUCAGCUGAAUUCGCUGAGUAUUGCGCAGGCCGUGGAGUGCAACACCAUCUCUCAGCGCCUUAUUCGCCACAGCAAAAUGGCGUGGUGGAGCGCAGGAAUCAGAUGGUGCUUGCCAUGGUGCGGAGCCUUCUCAAGUCGUGUGGCGUUCCGGCGACGUUCUGGGGAGAGGCUGUGACAACAGCCAUAUUUCUGUUGAAUCGGUCAUCGACGAAGAGUGUCAGUGACAUGACACCCUUUGAGGCCUGGCACGGCCGCAAGCCGGCGGUGCAUUACUUGCGAACGUUCGGCUGCGUGGAGUACGUGAAGAUUACAAAGCCACACUUGGCGAAGCUGGCAAAUAGGAGCUUCCCUGGUGUCUUCAUCGGGUACCAACCGGGUGUGAAGGCGUACCGCCUCUAUGAUCCGACAACCGGGCGCGUCCACAUCACACGUGAUGUUGUGUUCCGGGAGGACAAGGCUUGGGACUGGAGCAAGUAG